UAAAAAAAUCCUAAUAAAAUAAAAGAUCGAGCACCUGAAAUCAAAAUUGAGAACCUGAAACGGAUAAACCCACCAUCCAUUCACAACCGUCGAGCCCUUCACAUCCGUCGAUGUGAGACCUAAUCCACUUUCCACCGUUCAGAUCCGGACACCUGUCAACCCAUCUAACCACCUAAAAAAAAGCAAAACAAUAAAAAAACUAAAAAGAAAAAACCUCCCCAGUAUCUUCCUUUCCAUACUCUCUCGAUACACAACGGCCUACGCCAUAUCUCGCCGUUCAAUCCUUUCUGCCAUCCAUCGACAAAUCGCCUUCUAGAACCAUCUAGAAGCUUCCUCUCUCCGCCCUCUCCAAUCCAUGACGGAGGGCAAACGAUGCAGCGGCACCGUCAAGUGGUUCAGCGCCAGGAAAGGCUUCGGCUUCGUCGCUCCCGAUGACGGCGGCGAGGAUCUCUUCGUCCACCAGACCUCCAUCCAAUCCGACGGCUUCCGUACCCUCUCCGACGGCCAGGCCGUCGAAUUCUCCGUCGAUUUCGCGGACGACGGGCGCUCCAAGGCCGUCGAUGUCGCUGCCGUCUCCAGAUCCCGCCGCGCUCCUCCGCGCGGCGGCGGCGGCGGCAGGGGAUUCCACGCCGGGGGAGGCAGAGGCGGCGGAGGUUACGGGAGAGGAUCGAGAGGCGGUGGCCGGUCCGGCGGAGGUUCUGGGUACAAUUACGACGGCGGGUACGGGGGCGGUGUAGAGUGUUACAAUUGUGGGCGAUUUGGGCAUUUAGCUAGGGAUUGCUACAGCGUCGGCGGAAGAGGAAGCCGAAGGUACGGCCGCGGCGGCGGAUAUUCCGGAGGGAGAGGCGGUGGCGGUGGCGGAGAAUGUUACAGUUGUGGGGAGGAAGGGCAUUUUGCGAGAGAUUGCCCUAACGGAGAGAAGAAGUGAAGAAAGGGAAUGCAGUUUAGUCCUCUCUCUGGAUUUCCAAUUCUCUUCUACUGUUAAUCGCCCUGGUUGAUAACCUUAUUAUUAGUAAUUGUUCUUGUUUAUAAUUUUAUUUUUUUGUUCCCAACUGUUCCUCUCUCUGUUUUUUUUUUUUUUGAAAAAUUGCUGUUUGAUUUGGCUUAGCUGCAGAGCUGAAUGAAUGGAUAUUUGGUUUUGUGUAUGGUUGUCACGCCGGCCGGUGUACCACUGAUUCAACCUGGUUUAACUUGUACCGGUCAUAAAAUUGGCAUGAUAUCAUUGGUAUGACUGGCAUGAUCGGUAUACGAAUCUUCAAAUAAAAUGAUCUUAUCUUA